GUACUAUUGAACACAUCAGAUCUCACCUUUGUGAUGUAAGAACCAGUGCUACAGAAUAUAUACAGCUCUGGAAAAAAGAGACCACUGCAAAAUGAUCAGUUUCUCUGGAUUUAUUAUUUAAAGGAACCUUGGAAUGGAAUGAAAGGUGCGAUCUGUGAGCAGCCAGACUGCUCAUGACGUAAGAGACGCUGUAUAAAAGCACAGGAGACUGGAGGCACACAAACACACACACAGAGCCGUUCUCCCCUCUUUGUGGACACAGCUACUGAACAUGCUGUGCACUGUCUUGUUCAGCUUCAGCUUCUAUCUGCACAGCACUCUGGUUUCUUCUCAAGGAAUAUCCAGAGAUGGAGAAAUUAUCAAACAGAUUAAAGGCACAAACAUGGAGCUCGCCGAGAUUAAGGAACUGCUGAAACAACAGAUACAGGAAAUUGUCUUCCUGAAGAAUACAGUUAUGGAGUGUGAAGCCUGUGGCAUGAGGCCAGUAGAUCCGCAGCCCUUGUGUGUGCCCAACCCGUGCCACCCUGGUGUUGAAUGCAUUAUGACACCUGGUGGCAUCAAGUGUGGCCCAUGCCCUGAGGGCAUGACAGGAAAUGGAACUCACUGCACAGAUAUUGAUGAGUGUGCUGUAAUGCCAUGUCACAUGGGGGUGAGAUGCAUUAAUGCAUCACCUGGUUUCCGCUGUGGCCCCUGUCCUGCUGGGUACAUGGGUCCCCAGGUGCAGGGGGUCGGACUUGCCUAUGCAUCUGCCAACAAACAGGUUUGCACAGACAUCAAUGAGUGUGAGAACACAAAUGGGGGCUGCGUAGAAAACUCCAACUGCAUCAACACGCCGGGCUCUUUUCGAUGUGGCCGCUGCAAGCCUGGUUUUGUUGGGGAUCAGGUGAAAGGCUGUAAACCUGAGCGGUCAUGUGGAAAUGGGCAGCCCAAUCCAUGCCACGCCAGCGCUGAAUGCAUCGUUCACCGCGAUGGACAAAUAGAAUGUGCGUGUGGAGUUGGCUGGGCUGGGAAUGGAUAUUUAUGUGGACUAGAUACUGAUAUUGAUGGCUUCCCUGAUGAAAAACUGGAAUGCGUAGAGAGAAACUGCGCAAAGGACAAUUGCCUCACUGUUCCAAAUUCCGGCCAAGAGGAUGCUGACAAUGAUAACAUUGGUGAUGCAUGUGAUGAUGAUGCAGAUGGAGAUGGGAUCCUAAACACAGAGGACAACUGUGUGCUCGUCCCUAAUGUGAACCAGAAGAAUACUGACCAGGAUGAUUAUGGAGAUGCUUGUGAUAACUGCCGUCUGGUGAAAAACAAUGACCAGAAGGACACGGAUGGUGAUGGUCAGGGUGACGAAUGUGAUGAUGACAUUGAUGGGGAUGGAAUAAAAAACGAUAAGGAUAACUGCAAAAAGGUACCAAACCGUGACCAGAAAGAUCGAGAUGGUGAUAAAGUUGGUGACGCUUGUGACAGCUGUCCCUACAUCCGCAACCCUGAUCAGCUGGAUGUGGACAAUGACUUGAUUGGCGAUCCUUGUGACACCAACAAAGACAGUGAUGGAGAUGGACAUCAGGAUUCUCGAGACAACUGUCCUGCAGUUAUUAACAGCUCCCAACUUGACACUGACAAGGAUGGCAUUGGAGAUGAAUGUGAUGAUGAUGAUGACAAUGAUGGCAUUCCUGAUCUCCUUCCACCUGGACCAGAUAACUGCCGUCUGAUCCCAAACCCACUGCAAGAGGACUUUGAUGGUGAUGGCAUUGGCAACGUUUGCGAGAAUGACUUUGAUAAUGACACAUUUAGCGACAUCAUUGACGUUUGCCCUGAGAAUGCUGAGGUCACUCUCACUGACUUCAGAACCUACCAGACUGUGGUUCUAGAUCCAGAGGGGGAUGCGCAGAUCGAUCCAAACUGGGUGGUGCUCAAUCAGGGAAGAGAGAUUGUUCAGACCAUGAACAGUGACCCUGGACUGGCUGUAGGCUACACUGCAUUUAACGGCGUGGACUUUGAAGGGACAUUUCAUGUUAAUACUGAGACGGAUGAUGACUAUGCAGGCUUCAUCUUUGGUUAUCAGGACAGCUCCAGCUUCUAUGUGGUGAUGUGGAAGCAGGUGGAGCAGAUCUACUGGCAAGCCAAUCCUUUCCGUGCCGUAGCUGAACCUGGCAUCCAGCUUAAGGCAGUGAAAUCAGACACUGGUCCUGGAGAGAACCUGCGCAACUCACUCUGGCACACAGGUGACUCAUCCAACCAGGUGAAACUCUUGUGGAAAGAUGCCAGAAAUGUUGGCUGGAAAGACAAGACCUCUUACCGUUGGUUUUUACAGCACAGACCCCAGGAAGGCUAUAUCAGGGUCCGGUUCUAUGAAGGUCCCCAAUUGGUGGCAGACACAGGAAUUAUCAUCGACACAACCAUGAGAGGAGGUAGACUGGGAGUUUUCUGCUUCUCUCAGGAGAACAUCAUCUGGGCCAACCUGCGCUACCGAUGCAAUGAUACCAUCCCUGAAGACUUUGAGACAUUCAGAACCCAGCAGAUCCAACUUUUUUAAACCCAAACUCAAAAUUGUUGCAUCACCUGAUUUCUUUUUUAGGCAGGAUGAGUGAAAAUCUGUAUGUCUGAGUGUGUGUUAUGAUUUGUAUGUUUCUGCCGUGUGUGUCAUUAUGAUUUUCUCUUUUUUCAUACAUUUUUAUAGCAGGCAAGUCUUCUUGAUUCACUUUUUCAUUACCCCAGAUGACAAAUAGACAGAAAAACACAUACACUGGAAUUAAAUAUAUAUAUGUAUUUUAAAAACACGUACAGAAAUACAGGUUACAAAAUAUAAAUGACAUAACAAGAAGGCUCUGAUAUAUGCAGCUGAGACAUCAUGCACAUCCAUAUUUAGCAUAUUUUUCUUAGAAAGGAAAAGGACCAACAAGACAACAGAGACGAAAUCAGUUCCUUCUACAAUCAGUUACCACAAAUAGGAGACACAGAAAGAGAUGACCACACCAGCACAGUGACUAUAGAACUGGGGGCAUCUGGAUAGAACCAACCCAAUGAAAGCUCUAGUCUAGACGACCACAAAUUAUAUGUCCCACUAUACCGUUAAUUCCAAUAACGAGUGAGCAUUGAUUCUGCUCACAAGAUAAAAGAUCACAAAGGUUUUAUGUGCAUCCUGUAAUAACUAACACUCUCUUGAGGAUUUUAUUUUGUCUUUUAAUACCUCUUUAACCUGCCUUAAUUGAAAUGACGGUUGAGAAAAUAACAAAUAUUUCAUUUUUACUGAGAGUAAUCAAUGACGAUGGCACUUAGUUUAUGCUUAUGCUUCAAGGGGAAGGGUUGUUAUAUUGGUCAGCUAUAUCCUAUGGGUCACUAUCAUUAUGUUUAUCAAGAAAUACAAACCAUCUAGACAACUAUGUCUUUAUUAGUUUUAAUGGUGAGGACAUUAGUAGUCUAUUAAGGCUUAAAGGGGAGUUAAUGCUAAAGGGGGUUUGCUUUCACACAAAAAAUAAUGACACAAAUGACAUUUCCAAAUCUAAGUGCUGUUAGCUAAAACCAGUCCAGUAAAACGCCCUAAUCAAACAGUUUGGCUGCAUACUGCAUGUGUUAGUAAGAUGCUAAGUAUCGAGAACAGAUUAUUUGACCAAUAAACACAUGCUGUCUGUCCACAUCUCCAAAUUGUUUACAUGGUAAAGCAACAAACAGACUGAGCCCUUUUUUCAGUUUGCAUUGGGAAGUCACAUGUAUGCUUCCGAAACUGUUUUCCCUCUGAAUAAUCAGUGCAAUACAGAGAACAGUUCACAAAGAAUAUCUUCACAACAAACUGGGGGAAAGAAAAGUACAGGGUUGAACAGUCUGCAUUCUCAGAAUGUUAAACAGUCCCAAGUUUCAUGAGCAAAGCCAUGAGGAGCAACAGCUAGAGGAUUUUUGAAGAACUGCACAUACGUCAGUAUGAAAGCUGCCAUAUUUCUGACAGGAUUUCAAAUUAAACUCAAGGUGCAGGGGCCAAGCUAAUCAACAGGGCAAGGAAAUGACCCAACUGAAAAAAAUCACUGAGACAUUAUAAAAAAGAAAAGAAAUAGUGCUUUGGUCAAGCAAGCAGGUAAUUUGGUGUUUUACACAUCAUAACACGGAGCCCCAUAAAUACAUUCUGUUUCUAACAUGACAGGAGACACGGUUAUCAGUGAUAAACCAGUAAAAUGACACUAGCAUUAACUACUUCAUGCACUGUCUCAGGGGGUCUAUAUUAUUUUAUAUGCAGUGAAUGUAUCUGUACUGGAGUCAGCCAAGCUAAUAAAGACCUCAUACCAAAAAAGCUAGCAAAGACCUCGUUCUAAAGAUAUUUUCUCGUUUUGACAUGCAGUCAUCAUAUUCCUGUGAUAAGCUUUAUGUACACUAUUUUCAGGAUAGGUGUUUAGAAACAUGUUCAUGGUAAUUAUGUGAAAUCAACAAGAAAUAUUCCAAAACGGCACAGUUUGAAGAAUAAAAACCUAAUUGAGUAUUGCAGUUUGGUUUAUGUCUAAACUAGUACAUCCAUAAUCUGAUUAAUGCCUUAAGUAUCAGUCUAAGUACAAAAAGCAUUUAAACAGAAAUAUUCCAGAUUGUUGGUUGAUUGAUGCCUUUAGUUUGCAUAGGAAUCACAAAUUGAAUUAGCACAGAGUUUUGCAAUUAUUUUUUGCAGAUAUUCUUUUGAAGGAGCCAGAUGAACUUCUAUGACCAAAAUGCCUCAACCUAAUCAAAAUGACUGAAAUUUGAACAGGAAACAUCUCAUUAAUUACUGAAAAGGGCUAAAUUUCUACUGGAUAUCACCAGUGGCAUAAACUUUGAAUUACAUUUUUUUUUACUAAGUGGGAUCCAAGAGUCUGCGAGCAAUAGUGAAAAUAGUUCUAUUGAGCAUUUUUAUUUAAUUAAAUACAAACUUUAUCAUAAUAAAUUAUAAUUAGAAUAACAAUUUUGUGUAAAAGUUCACAUACAUAGUUUUUCAGAUUUUUUUUAGAAUUAUGCAUGUCUCCCUUUUCUUUUAAUGACCGCAUGAUCUUGAGCUGGUAUUGACUCCACAAGUUGAAAAACCCAAGAUGAUAAGCAUGAUUUGAGAAUGUUUCAGAUAGCAUGAACUUUGUACAAAAAAGUUAACACAGUCAGUGUCACAAUUUGCUUAAAUUUCAUUAAGGAUUUAAAAGUAGUGCAAAAUCUUAAAGACCCAAUAAAUACAUUACUGUGGCUUUUAGUCCAUGUCUAGCAGAUGGUAUUACAGUUUUUGUCUUCCGGGAAAAUGAACCACAAAUACUGAUGACUGUUGCACUACAGAUUUUUAUCUAUUCAAAUACGCCAAAAAGGGGACAAAAAAUGCUCUCAUUUCAAGGGGUCUUUCAAUUCCUAAUUUUAUGUCAUUACAUAUCUUUGUUUUACAUUUUUCAAAAUCCUAAAAAUGUCUGUUUAUUUCUGGGUAAAAAAAACAAAAAAAAAAUCCCAGAUUUUCCAUGUGGUCCCAGACUUUUGGACCCCAAUGUACAGAGAGGUCAUAGCUUUGUACUUAAGUUUGCCAAGUAAAUGAGUGAUUCCUUAAUACCUUUCUGACUGCACACAAGAAAAAAAAGUCACAUGAUCGAGGUGCAACAGAGCUCGCUCGAACAACAGUACAAAUGAGAAUGACAAACACAAAAUUCUAUGAACAGCAGUGAAUAAGGAGCAUUACUCUCCCCUAGCCUUGAGUUAUGUUUGGCAGUACAAGUACAAACUAUACAGCAUUCAAUACUGAAAGAUAUGGCAUUGUUUAAACAAAAACACCACAGCCAAACCAGAACCAGACACGAGAGGAAAACACUGGGACAUUUAGAAAAAACAUUGUCAUAUUGACAGUUAAAAACAGCAUUUUGUUCAUAUAAGGCAAAAUCAGGUCCUCUCACAGUGAAGAAUUCAGUAGUUUUCUGCAGCAGCUCUUGGGUCACGUUUACUGACCACCUUUGAAGCGUACAUUACAGCAGUAGCAGCAAUAAAAUCUUCAAUUAGAAUCAAAAAUAUAUAUUAAACAUACAGGAUGUCCAAAUCACUAAUCCACAUAAACGCUGAAAUAUGGGUUACAUUUUGAGACUGCUGUCUUUCGGCAAGUAAAUUAAUAUAUAUCAUCACUGGCAUAUUUAAAAAAAUUAUUAUUAUAUCAAAACACCAAUCAUGGCAUUUUGAGAUGUUUGGAUGUUAUGAAAUGAAAGCCAUUUUUUAAAAGCAACGCUCCCUUAACCCUUGAUCCACAAUCUGGGGGAGUAGUGCUCCUU